UGUUUACACAUGCUUGUUUGAGUCAAAGUGAAGGAAACAUUUUUAUUUCAGCAAAAGACACUGCAGGCUGUUACAUGUUGUUAUUUUUAACAGAUGUGUAACCUGUAUUUUUUAUCUCUAUUUUUGAUAGAUUCCAAAAAAAAAGAUGUGGUUUUUCUAAUUGAUGGAUCUUUUGACUCGCGAUCCGGCUUUGAAGAAAUAAGAAACUUUGUAAAAGGAAUUGUUGAAAUUUUAAAAGUUGGAAACAAUGGAGACAAAGUCGCUGUGGUUCAAUACAGUCGUGUUGCCACUGUAAACUUUUAUUUAAAUUCUUAUUCAUCCAGAAGCGAUGUGCUUAACUCCAUCAGAACAAUAUACCACAAAUUUGGACGACCUCUCAAUACUGGAAAAGCUCUGGAAUUUGUCAGAGACCAUGUCUUUGCUGCUUCAGUUGGUGGUAGACCCACAGAAUCUGUUCUUCAGUAUUUGUUUAUAUUUAGUGGGGGAAGAUCAGGAGAUGAUGUCAGAGGACCAGCACAUUCACUUAAGAAAAACGGAAUUGUGACUUUUUGUUUCGGAACAAAAAAUGCUGACACUUUAGAAAUGCAAACAAUUUCUUUUACACCAGCACAUUAUUUUUUUGUUCCUGACUAUAAAAGUCUGCAAAACAUAAAGGAAUCUGUGAAAGAUAGAAUGGAACAAAGUGAAGAAAUAGCACAAAUAGAAAAUGUUGAAAAUUCCCUAAUGGGAAGACAGACACCAGCAAGGGAUGUGGUUUUCUUGCUGGAUGCAACCGAUGCAACUAGAAGCGACUUCCCAGCCGUGCAAGACUUUGUCCAGAGAGUGGUGGAGACGCUACUUGUGGACGAGAAGAAAGACCGUGUGUCAGUGGUUCAGUACAGCAGAGAUCCAGCUGUCCAGUUUUAUCUGAACACUUACAUGACAAAAGACGAGAUCCUUAAUGCUGUCAGAAAUUUGAGGCACAAAGGGGGGAGAUCUCUCAACACUGGAGCAGCUCUCCAGUACUUGAGGGAAAACGUCUUCACUGCCUCUUCGGGAAGCAGGCGCUUGGAGGGAGUUCCACAGGUCCUGAUACUGCUAAGCAGUGGAAGAUCUGCUGACAGUGUCGAUGCACCGGCCUCUGCUCUCAAACAAAUGGGCAUAUUGACCUUUGCAGUUGGCAGUAGAGGCUCUGACAGUAGAGAACUGCAGAGGAUAUCCCACAAGCCCACUUCUGCUUUCACUGUGGCUGAAUUCACAGACCUUUCCAGCGUGCCGCAGCAGCUGUUGGCCUCUUUAGAGGCUUUGCCCAUUGACGUGACCCCAGAAACCCCAACUGAUUCUGUUGACACAGCCAAAAAAGAUGUUGUAUUUCUCUUGGAUGGCUCUGAUGGCACAAGGAAUGGUUUCUCUGCAAUGCGUGACUUUGUUGAAAGAGUGGUGGAGAAACUGAGCGUGGGAGAAAACAAGGACCGUGUGUCUGUUGUCCAAUACAGCCGAGAAGCAGAGGUCCAUUUCUCUCUGAAUACACACAGAACAAGGGAAGAUGUUAUGGACGCUGUCAGAGGGCUUAGACACAGAGGAGGAAGACCCCUAAAUACCGGGGCAGCCCUCCAGUACGUCAUGGACAAUGUCUUUACAAACUCCACUGGGAGCAGACGCCUGCAAGGUGUUCCACAGAUCUUGAUACUGCUAGCAGGCGGAAGGUCUUUUGACAAUGUGGAUACCUCAGCUUCUGCUUUGAAACAGCGGGGCAUCUUUGUGUUUGCCAUUGGAUCAAGGACCUCGGACAGCAGAGAGCUGCAAAGGCUAUCGUUUGAGCCUAGCUACGCUUUGUCAGUGUCUGAUUUUAGUGGGCUCGACACCGUCCAGGAACAAAUCUCCUCUCUGAUGAGCACAGCCGUAGUCAGAUCCCGGCCUUUGACAACCACAGAGACAGUGGGAAGACAGACACCAGCAAGGGAUGUGGUUUUCUUGCUGGAUGCAACCGAUGCAACUAGAAGCGACUUCCCAGCCGUGCAAGACUUUGUCCAGAGAGUGGUGGAGACGCUACUUGUGGACGAGAAGAAAGACCGUGUGUCAGUGGUUCAGUACAGCAGAGAUCCAGCUGUCCAGUUUUAUCUGAACACUUACAUGACAAAAGACGAGAUCCUUAAUGCUGUCAGAAAUUUGAGGCACAAAGGGGGGAGAUCUCUCAACACUGGAGCAGCUCUCCAGUACUUGAGGGAAAACGUCUUCACUGCCUCUUCGGGAAGCAGGCGCUUGGAGGGAGUUCCACAGGUCCUGAUACUGCUAAGCAGUGGAAGAUCUGCUGACAGUGUCGAUGCACCGGCCUCUGCUCUCAAACAAAUGGGCAUAUUGACCUUUGCAGUUGGCAGUAGAGGCUCUGACAGUAGAGAACUGCAGAGGAUAUCCCACAAGCCCACUUCUGCUUUCACUGUGGCUGAAUUCACAGACCUUUCCAGCGUGCCGCAGCAGCUGUUGGCCUCUUUAGAGGCUUUGCCCAUUGACGUGACCCCAGAAACCCCAACUGAUUCUGUUGACACAGCCAAAAAAGAUGUUGUAUUUCUCUUGGAUGGCUCUGAUGGCACAAGGAAUGGUUUCUCUGCAAUGCGUGACUUUGUUGAAAGAGUGGUGGAGAAACUGAGCGUGGGAGAAAACAAGGACCGUGUGUCUGUUGUCCAAUACAGCCGAGAAGCAGAGGUCCAUUUCUCUCUGAAUACACACAGAACAAGGGAAGAUGUUAUGGACGCUGUCAGAGGGCUUAGACACAGAGGAGGAAGACCCCUAAAUACCGGGGCAGCCCUCCAGUACGUCAUGGACAAUGUCUUUACAAACUCCACUGGGAGCAGACGCCUGCAAGGUGUUCCACAGAUCUUGAUACUGCUAGCAGGCGGAAGGUCUUUUGACAAUGUGGAUACCUCAGCUUCUGCUUUGAAACAGCGGGGCAUCUUUGUGUUUGCCAUUGGAUCAAGGACCUCGGACAGCAGAGAGCUGCAAAGGCUAUCGUUUGAGCCUAGCUACGCUUUGUCAGUGUCUGAUUUUAGUGGGCUCGACACCGUCCAGGAACAAAUCUCCUCUCUGAUGAGCACAGCCGUAGUCAGAUCCCGGCCUUUGACAACCACAGAGACAGUGGGAAGACAGACACCAGCAAGGGAUGUGGUUUUCUUGCUGGAUGCAACCGAUGCAACUAGAAGCGACUUCCCAGCCGUGCAAGACUUUGUCCAGAGAGUGGUGGAGACGCUACUUGUGGACGAGAAGAAAGACCGUGUGUCAGUGGUUCAGUACAGCAGAGAUCCAGCUGUCCAGUUUUAUCUGAACACUUACAUGACAAAAGACGAGAUCCUUAAUGCUGUCAGAAAUUUGAGGCACAAAGGGGGGAGAUCUCUCAACACUGGAGCAGCUCUCCAGUACUUGAGGGAAAACGUCUUCACUGCCUCUUCGGGAAGCAGGCGCUUGGAGGGAGUUCCACAGGUCCUGAUACUGCUAAGCAGUGGAAGAUCUGCUGACAGUGUCGAUGCACCGGCCUCUGCUCUCAAACAAAUGGGCAUAUUGACCUUUGCAGUUGGCAGUAGAGGCUCUGACAGUAGAGAACUGCAGAGGAUAUCCCACAAGCCCACUUCUGCUUUCACUGUGGCUGAAUUCACAGACCUUUCCAGCGUGCCGCAGCAGCUGUUGGCCUCUUUAGAGGCUUUGCCCAUUGACGUGACCCCAGAAACCCCAACUGAUUCUGUUGACACAGCCAAAAAAGAUGUUGUAUUUCUCUUGGAUGGCUCUGAUGGCACAAGGAAUGGUUUCUCUGCAAUGCGUGACUUUGUUGAAAGAGUGGUGGAGAAACUGAGCGUGGGAGAAAACAAGGACCGUGUGUCUGUUGUCCAAUACAGCCGAGAAGCAGAGGUCCAUUUCUCUCUGAAUACACACAGAACAAGGGAAGAUGUUAUGGACGCUGUCAGAGGGCUUAUACACAGAGGAGGAAGACCCCUAAAUACCGGGGCAGCCCUCCAGUACGUCAUGGACAAUGUCUUUACAAACUCCACUGUGAGCAGACGCCUGCAAGGUGUUCCACAGAUCUUGAUACUGCUAGCAGGCGGAAGGUCUUUUGACAAUGUGGAUACCCCAGCUUCUGCUUUGAAACAGCGGGGCAUCUUUGUGUUUGCCAUUGGAUCAAGGACCUCGGACAGCAGAGAGCUGCAAAGGCUAUCGUUUGAGCCUAGCUACGCUUUGUCAGUGUCUGAUUUUAGUGGGCUCGACACCGUCCAGGAACAAAUCUCCUCUCUGAUGAGCACAGCCGUAGUCAGAUCCCGGCCUUUGACAACCACAGAGACAGUGGGAAGACAGACACCAGCAAGGGAUGUGGUUUUCUUGCUGGAUGCAACCGAUGCAACUAGAAGCGACUUCCCAGCCGUGCAAGACUUUGUCCAGAGAGUGGUGGAGACGCUACUUGUGGACGAGAAGAAAGACCGUGUGUCAGUGGUUCAGUACAGCAGAGAUCCAGCUGUCCAGUUUUAUCUGAACACUUACAUGACAAAAGACGAGAUCCUUAAUGCUGUCAGAAAUUUGAGGCACAAAGGGGGGAGAUCUCUCAACACUGGAGCAGCUCUCCAGUACUUGAGGGAAAACGUCUUCACUGCCUCUUCGGGAAGCAGGCGCUUGGAGGGAGUUCCACAGGUCCUGAUACUGCUAAGCAGUGGAAGAUCUGCUGACAGUGUCGAUGCACCGGCCUCUGCUCUCAAACAAAUGGGCAUAUUGACCUUUGCAGUUGGCAGUAGAGGCUCUGACAGUAGAGAACUGCAGAGGAUAUCCCACAAGCCCACUUCUGCUUUCACUGUGGCUGAAUUCACAGACCUUUCCAGCGUGCCGCAGCAGCUGUUGGCCUCUUUAGAGGCUUUGCCCAUUGACGUGACCCCAGAAACCCCAACUGAUUCUGUUGACACAGCCAAAAAAGAUGUUGUAUUUCUCUUGGAUGGCUCUGAUGGCACAAGGAAUGGUUUCUCUGCAAUGCGUGACUUUGUUGAAAGAGUGGUGGAGAAACUGAGCGUGGGAGAAAACAAGGACCGUGUGUCUGUUGUCCAAUACAGCCGAGAAGCAGAGGUCCAUUUCUCUCUGAAUACACACAGAACAAGGGAAGAUGUUAUGGACGCUGUCAGAGGGCUUAGACACAGAGGAGGAAGACCCCUAAAUACCGGGGCAGCCCUCCAGUACGUCAUGGACAAUGUCUUUACAAACUCCACUGGAGCAGACGCCUGCAAGGUGUUCCACAGAUCUUGAUACUGCUAGCAGGCGGAAGGUCUUUUGACAAUGUGGAUACCCCAGCUUCUGCU